AUGGCACCUUCCAGAUGGAUGGCUCUCUGGGCGCUCCACAAUCACUUUGGCCAAUUCUUUACAUCAUUGCCAAGUGAGCUCAAGCUCGAGAUCUUGUACUGCACCGGCGCCAUCCCUCGCCCAGAAUCAGAGCGCCACCUUGAUCUAAGUGCCGAAAGCGACGACGACUCACCUUACACUCCUCGUCGCCACCCGGCUGAGAAACCACCACGACAUGGCUGCCCCUUGCUCAAGCUGCCUUUUGAGCUGCGACGUCACAUCUUCAUGUACGAGCUGGUGUCGCAGAAGAGCUAUCUACCGCACUGUUGCGACGACAAGAAGGACUGCGCGAAGAAGCAUGUCGAUCGUGUCCCAUCCCCAGCUCCGCAGGCAGCCCAAUCGCUCUCAGAUAGCCCUCCAGAGGGUUGCGGUCGCAGUCUCCGCAGCCUUGGUCUGGCAGCAGGGGCUCAGCUCACGAAGCUUAUAGAGCCAAUGGGCGCCCCAAGAAGGAGAAGGAGGCUUCAGACCACGCGGUUGGAGUCCCUGGAGCCUACAGUGGCGAAGCCAGAGACCAGAAAUCGUGCGACUCAAUUCAUGAGCCUCUGCAAGAAGCUCAAAGGAGAAAUCGCGACUAUCAUGUACGAAGAGCGUACCUUCACCGUCCACAUCCACGAAGGUCUCAAGCACGGUGGGAUCGAAUUCGUCAACAGCGGCCGCCAGAAGCUGCAAUACAAGGACGAGGUGAUUGAGGAUAGUCGUUUCGCUCGCUUCAAUCAUCGCGAGGAGAAUGGCUUCGAUCGCCUGAAGAAGAUCAAGAUCGUGAUCGUGCCGCCAUCUGUCAACGAGGAUGCGAUUGGACAUCCUCACGUCCACACAUUCUUCAUGACCUGGUCGCUCUGUCAGCUCCUACAGAAGAGUGUUGAAAAGCACAAGCUUGACUUCCUGACCAUUGACUUCGCCGAUGCGCCAGAAGGCAGUCAAGAGCUCAUGGGCCGGCGUGUCAUUGCUAGAUCCGAUCGAUACCUCUGGGAUGGUAUGGCAAAGCAGCCGAGCACGACCACUUUCGACAGCCUCCCCGACAUCGAGAUGAUACUCCGGCCCUUCGCGAUCCUGCGCGCCCACAACGUUACCGUUACCCUCCCUCCGAUCCUCGCCAUGCAUGCUCCAACGAAGCAGUUCACCGCCACUUUGGAGCAGCGCAUUCUGUCUAAGGACGCUCUCACGGCGGAGUAUGAUCCUGUCCUGCUCAAUGAAGACUACGCUCACCAAUUUCGAGCGAUUCACGGCGACUGGCUCCGCUUCACCCUCAGCAAGCUCUACAGCGACAACAGGCCCGCAAUUCGUGUUCCAGACCUCGACGAGCAGGACUUCCAGGCUGACAUCAACGAGGACGAUUACCUGCCGGAUAGCGUGCCGGCGAGCUUUUUUGGAGGAUGGUCCAGCAAGGGCAGUCCAAGGAAGCGCAAGAGCCUUCACGAAAGCGACUUCGAGGCAUCCAACGACAAAUCGGGGCGUACUGUGCGUAGUGCUGAGGAGGACGAGUAUAAAAAGCGCGACUUCGGGGAUGCGGACUUUGGAAGGCUCGACCGAGAUAUGCAGCGAGCUUUGCAGGCGUCGAUGGAGACAUACGCUAGAGAAGCAUGA